AAGGAAAAGAAUAUUGAAAUUAAUUCAUAUAUUUCUAUUUAGGAGUAGAAAGAGUAGCUGCAAGUUACAGAGUGAUCUAACAUAAGAAUAGAAGAAAGCAAUAAUUUAGAUAGCAUAAAUAUUGGAUUAUAAUAAUACUCAAUUAUUAAUCACAUAUAUAUAUUUUUAUGAAACCAAAGCCUGAAUUAAAGUUAUUUAUGAUAUAAAAUGGAAAGUAAGAUUAUUAGAUUAUGUUCAUAUGAUUUGGAAAUAGAAUUACCAGAAAGAAGGAAUAUCAAAUGAUUUAUUUUAUUGUUCGAAAAUUGGAUGUUAUUUUGAUAUAAAAAAUGGAAUGGUAAAGGAUGCUCUUAAAUAGAUAAUUUCCAAAAAGUUUAGAAUAAAAAGGGAAAUAGAAUUGAUGUUCUUUCGUAUAGAACUUAAAAACAUUAUAUAAUAUUGAA